AUGGCAAAGCUGGCGUCCCUGCUGAUCCUCGCGGUCCUCGUGGCCGCGGCGUGCUUCGCCCAGCUGGGCUCGGCGGCGCGCGGCAUCCCGGCCGGGAAGCCCGUGGCUGCAGCGGCGGCCGACGCGGUGAAGCGGCCGGAGACGUUCCAGGAGGGGACGGUGCUGAUCCCUGGGAUCGGGCGGUACGAGCUGGGCACCCACUACAGGCCGGACCUCGGCGGGCUGGACCACAGCAUCCCGGCCGCCGCCAACGGGCAGUUCCUCCCCGGCGCCGACGACACCUGGGUGCCCAACCCCGGCUUCGAGGUGCCCAACCCCUUCCGCCCCGGCUCCGAGUCUCCGUGAUCACAUCAGGCUGGACAACACGUCCACGUUACUCCCAUCCAUCAGUAGCUAGCCUGCCUGCCAUAAAUCAAUUUCCGCUAGCGUUUGGUUGCUACAAUAAAAUAGCUGCUACAGCCAUGCAUGUAUACGCAUGUUGCAUGCAUGGAUCUGCCACUGCGUGCGCCGCCGAGGGGCGUUUGGUACUGUAUUUGAUUGAGUGUGUGUGUGUGUGUUUAUGGAGUAUGGGUGGAUGCAUAUGUAGGAAGCAUAUCCAUCACGUAUCUCGCUUGG